AUGGCCGCGUUCAGCGGGACCGUGGGGGACCCCUUUGCCCGGACGCCCGAGUGGGACUACUUCCGGGAGGCGCCCGCUCAGCAGCAGCAGGAGCAGCAGCAGCAGCAGCAGCGGGAGCAGGAGGGCGCCGGCGCCGGCGCCGCGUCGCCGGCGCCUGCCACCGGGGAUGAGCUGGAGCGGGAGAUCGAUCUGGGGGCGGGCGGCGCCCAGCAGCUGCUGCAGGGGCUGGUGUCGGCGCUCUCGGGCGCGGGGCUGGCGCCCCUGGAGGGAGGGGCGGGCGGGCACGCGGCGGCGGCGGGCCGCGCGCUGGUGCGGGUGGAGCGGCUGCCGGGCGGGGCGGGCGGCCUCCGCGUUUCGGUGGCGGGGGCCGAGACGGGGGCAGAAGGGUCAGCAGGGGCGGCGGAUGAGCAGGAGGUCUUGUUGUCAGGGGAGCAGGCGGAGUCGCUGGUGGCCGCGCUCGACGACGUGGUGGGGCAGCUGCCCGGCAGCUUCCUCCUGCGCCAGCCGCCCGCCAGCUUCUCGCCGCCCUCCCGGCUGCGCGCCGCCGCCGGCCGCGCCGCCCGGGCCGCGGCUGGGGCUGCGCAGGCGGCGCUGGUGGCGGCACUGCUGGCGCUGCCUGUUGUAGCGGUGGUGCGGCCGGGGCGCGGGGUGAUGCGGCGGGACGAGGCCGCCACUGUGCAGCUUGGCAGGGCGCAGGACUCGCGGCAGGCCGGCGUGGCGGCAGCCGCCGCCGGCGGCAGCUCGAGCAGCGUUCCAGAGGCGGCAGCGGUCGCUGGUCAACGACUGCCGUGGCCGGCGUCGCUGUUAGGUCCAGGCCAAGGGCAACAGCAGCAGCAGCAACGAGCACCCCCGCGGCCGGCAAACGGAAGGCUGGCGCCACAUGAGAUGGCAGAGGUCUGCGAGGCAGUUGCUGGGAAGGUGCGCGGCCGCGUCUGGCUGCAGCUUGGUGGGGAGGACGUGGCGGCGUGGGACCAGCAGCAGCAGGGGCAGAAGCAGCAGGGGCAGCAGGGUCAGGGGCCGACACCCCCCAUGGCGCACCAGCAGCAACAGUCGAGCGUUGCAGCAGCGCGCUUGGAGGAGCAACAGCAGCAGCAACAGCAGCAGGAGCAGCAGCAGCAGCUGCAGCGGCAGCAAGAGACGCAGGCCCAGCCAAGGCGCGCUGGGAGGCUGAGAUGGCUUACACGGUGGUUCAGGCGGCAGCAAUCCCAUACGCUGCAGGAGCAGCGGCAGGAGCAGGCCGCGGUCACGUCGGCCGUGACGCCGGCUGCAUUGCUUCAAGGCGGCGCGCAGCAGCAGCAGCAGCAGCAGCAGCAGCAGGGGCAGCAGCAGGGGCAGGAGCAGCAGCAGUGGCGACCAGCGCUGCGCGCAGUGUACCAAGUUUUGGUCGACCCCUCCACCGGCGCCACCCUCGGCGCGACGCCCUGCGACGCGGCGGCAGCCGCGGCGCUGGGGAAGCUUCCUCUCGCGGGGGAGCUGCGGGGCCCGGGCUUUGCGGCCAAGCAGGACAGGUACCUGGAAUCUUUCCAGCCGGACCGCCUGCAGCGCAGGCGCAAGGCCCCCGGCCCGCCGCCACUGCCGUUCGCGCCCGCCGCGCGCCGGCCGCUGCCAGACGGCGGCCCCGCGGUGCUGCGGCUGGAGCUGGUCGCGCAGGGUGGAGGCAUCCAGGUUGGCAAGGGCAAGUCGCGAGUGCUUUUUGCCCUGAUGGAGCCGCGCGUGACCCCCUGGACUGAGGCCGACUCACUCGAGGCAUGGCGCGGCACAGGCAGCAUCAUUGGGCCGGAGGGGCCGUUGCCGCUGUAA